UGGCAUCUCUGAACAGAGCCGUCAAACUGUUCAAUGGGACAGGUGGUUUCAUCAUCAAAGCCGGUUAGUCAUUUGUAAUACUUCGAAGGUGGAACGUUUCUGUGAGUUAUAGAUUUGGUGAUCUAUUCGAUUCCGUUAGUUCUCAUAUUAACCAAAAACUAACUUCUGUCAACAAUGGAAGCUGCCGCAUCGACCAAGGAUUACAAGAAGGUUGGUGUAGACCUUAAGACACAACUGGAGAGUUUCAACACUGAAAAACUUUGUAAGGCUGAUACGCACGAGAAAAUUGUUCUCCCAACUGCCGAAGAUGUUAAAACCGAGAAAACUCAGAAAAGUCUUUUUGCUGGAAUUGAAUCAUUUGAUGCGUCAAAGUUGAAGCAUGCCACAACGUGUGAAAAAAAUCCUCUACCUGACCAGGAAGCUAUACAACAAGAAAAAGGACAGCAAAUAUUCAUCACAGGCAUCGAAUCAUUCGAUACUUCCAAACUAAAGCAUACGGAGACAUGUGAGAAAAAUCAGCUGCCGACCAGAGAAAUUAUCGAAGAAGAAAAAAAAGCUUGAAAUGUUUUUUUUAAAUAUUUCAGUAUGCAUUUUGACCAGAUCACUUCAUCUUAUUCCAUACUCACAAUACUAACACGUUAACAUUCUAUAAUCCUAUGUGUGCAGAUAUACUACAUCUUUAUUAAUAUAAGCCACAAGUAUUCAAACUAGAAGUGAAUAAUGAAUUAUUCUUCCUAGAAACUCAAUGAAUCUUCGCAAGCGCCUAAUGUGACAUUAUAUUACCAAUUGACUUCGCUAUAUCAAUAAAUUUUUGUAACGCUGA